AUGCCGCGUGCCCCUGCGCAGGAUCGCCUGAGGCCAUCGUCAACACAGGGCCGCCGGGCUUCGGGCGAGGCCCCGGCGCCGGCCGCGGCGGGCGAUGCAGCCCGCGGCGACGCGCUGCCGCCAGGCCCUGCCGUCGGGUCUGCGCAGCCUUUGCCAGCGGAGGUGUUGAUG